GGGGAGAUUCUCCAGCAGGCUCCAUUGCCCUGCUGCAGUCAGCCAUUUGCCCUCCUCUUCCUCCCUUCCCUCCCCCCCCUCGCCUGCAGCAGAGCAGGCCAAGCUGUGGGGGCCCCUUCCCACCCAGCCCCCAGACCCCUUCCCGCUGCCGGUGCCUGUGCAGGACCAGCAUCCAGCCCCAGGCCACCGAUAAGCGCCAGGCACAGGGUGGCGGGGCCCUGCCAGAGCAAAGGCUCUUCUCCCCUCCGUCAGCCCUGUGUUCAGUUCCCACUUGACCCGUGUUGGCGGUUUGAUGGCAGGCGGCACACACCCCUGUUCCACGCAGCCUGUCCUUCCUUGCACUGCGGGGUUACGUGGCCGUGCUCGGGGCGUUGAGGAGAGCCGCCAGGCUUCGGGGUCUUUCCCGAGUAGUGUUUUCCUCUGUGGCUAUUCUUUACCCGUCUACGGUUUGUUUUUGCAGAACUGGACGAGGGGAAUGUCUUACUGUCUCCACUCAGAAAGCCAUUUGGAUACCGGGCCAAUAUAUGUGCGUGAAAAUGGGAAGCUGCACGUGGUAAAUCAGGGUGCAGGCGGCAUACAGAAUGUCACUCCCAAAACAAGACCUUUUAGGCUGUUUUCCAGAGGAUUUUCGGUGGAGCUUUGUAUGAACAGGGAGGACGAUAGGGCAAGGAGGCAGAGGACUGAUCAUUUCAUCUUCACGUACACUAAGGAGGGGAACCUCCGGUACUCGGCCAAGUCUCUCUUCAGCCUAGUGCUGGGUUACAUUUCUGACAAUGUUGAUCACAUUGACUCCUUGAUUGGUUUCCCAGAGCAGAUUGCUGAAAAGCUCUUUUCAGCUGCGGAAGCAAGACAAAAGUUCACAGAACCAGUAACGGGACUGAGAGCUCUACAGAAGUUUACUGAAGCAUAUGGAAAUUUGGUGCUAUGUUCGUUAUGCUUGCGGAAUAGAUACCUGGUUAUCUCUGAAAAGCUAGAAGAAAUUAAGUCUUUCCGGGAGCUGACAUGUUUGGAUCUCUCCUGUUGUAAACUUGGAGAUGAACAUGAACUGCUGGAACACCUCACCAAAGAGGCUUUGUCUAGCGUAAAACGGCUUCUCCUGAAAGACAACUCUUUAUCAGAUGCAGGCCUUCGCAGAAUGACAGCACCAGUACGAGUAUUGAAAAAGGGACUUGAGAAUCUUUUGGUAUUAGACUUGUCUUGUAACCCUAAAAUCACAGAUGUGGGAAUUGGAUACCUUCUUUCUUUCAAGAAAUUGAAUUGUUUGGACAUUUCUGGGACAGGUCUCAAGGACGUUAAUGCUGUCAUUAAGCGGCUCCAAAUGCAGAUAGGCCUGGUUCACUCAAAAGUGCCUCUGAAAGAAUUUGAUCAUAGUAACUGCAAAACAGAGGGAUGGGCAGAACAGACGGUUUUGCAGUGGGAGCAGGCAGUUAUGGAGGCCAUCAAGCCACAAGACAACUUGAGAUCCAGAACAGCAGCUCUGCACUUCUAUGGCAAGACACGCAGAAUAGAGGAAGUAGUCAAAUGCAAGCUGGUGGAGGCAGAAACAAAAGCAUCUGGAAACUUGCAGUUUUAUAAGGAAAAAGUUCAGAAUUGCCAUUUACCUUUGAAAAAGGAGGUAGCAGGCAGCCAUGAAUUAAAGAACAAUAAAAAAAGAGCUUUGGCUGAACAAGAGAGAGAAAGGACUUCCAAACAGAAGCAUCUGUGCCUCACUGUGGAGGACUGGGAUUUGUUAAAUACCUACUGAGUCAGAAAGAAGUGGGUCUUUUGUUUGUUGUUUUCUUGCUGAUGACAGAAUUUAGACAUACUGAGAGGGAGUAACAAAGGAGACCAGUAUUGUUAAAUCUGGUUGCUGUGAUAUGCUUGUGGGUUAACCUACGCUUGGGGAGGGAUAGAGUCGAGGAGGUUGAUGAUACUACUGUAUAUUUUCAAUACAUAAUAAUUUUUUCAAAUAAAGUUUUUGUUGUCAUCCUUAA